AGAGCACGACGGGAAGAAGCAACUGCUUACCGCGUGUAAAUACGAAGUGUGUCAGGGAGCGCUCGCACGACACAGACCCUUCAGACAAAAUGGCAGCGAUGGUGAACGGUUUGCACGACAGCAACAGCUCCAUUCUAAACGGUGUGCAGAUAGCAACUUCACCAGUCACCAUGAAAGACGGAGAUGCUUUGAAACUUUUUGUAGGCCAGAUCCCCAGAACGCUAGAGGAGAAGGACAUACGGCCCCUGUUUGAAGAGUUUGGUCAGAUCUAUGAGCUAACAGUCCUCAAAGAUCGUUUUACGGGCAUACACAAAGGCUGUGCCUUCCUUACCUACUGUAACCGGGACAGUGCAAUUAAGGCUCAACAAGCUUUACAUGAACAGAAAACACUGCCAGGGAUGAACCGUCCAAUCCAAGUGAAGCCUGCAGACAGUGAAAGUAGAGCAG